ACACUUCAAGCGAACCUGGCAAAAACAAUCCCCACUCGUGAACCCGAUCCUCGUGAAUUCGCUCCUUACUGCCAACUAUUUCGAUGGGCCACCGACACGUCAUUCAUAGUGAAGGCCACACAAGGCUUCGUCGCUGGGCAUACGUUGCCGAGACUCCCUAAGCAUGCCCUCUGUCGACCGACCAGCAGAUUUGCGGGGCCUCGACCAGGAGAGCUCGUUUGCUGCCAAUAAUGAGCUUCUCCAGAAGGGGUCUUUGCAAGAGAAAAGUGAGAAAUUUCCGAUGGCCUCGAGCACUGUCCCUGUCAAGGAGAGGCCGGGACGUCUCAGCCUGCUUUCGUGGACCGCGGGCGCAACGACGGAAGUCUCUGAAAUCGAAGAUCUAGUCUCUCCGAAGAGGCAAUCAUACAGAAUUUUCGAUGCGUGCAAGACCAAGGAUACAUGGUGGUUGGAUGUGCUCAACCCGACGGAAGCGGACAUGAACGCGCUUGCAAAGGAGUUCUCCAUCCACCCGCUUACAUCCGAAGACAUCAGAACCGGAGAGACACGUGAAAAAUUAGAAGUGUUCAAGAACUACUACUUCGUCUCGUUCCGCUCCUUCGACCGCCUGAAGUUCAGCGCCAAACACCACGUCAAGCCCGUCAACGCAUACCUCGUCGUCUUCCCCACAGGCCUCAUCAGCUUCACGUUCCACCCCAGCCCGCACACGGCCAACGUCCAGAGCCGAAUCCGCAAACUCGAGACCCAUGUGGUCUUGAGCAGUGACUGGAUCUGCUACGCGCUCAUCGACGACAUCGUCGACGCCUUCGGCCCCAUGAUCGACCAGCUGGAGCGCGAAACCAUCGCCAUCGAAGACGGCGCCUUCUUCACGCGGCCCCACGAGCUGGGCUCCGAGCUCUCGAAAACGCAUUUGUGCCGCAAGAAGAUCAUGGACGCCACGCAUCUGCUGCGCGGCAAGCCGUCUGUCGUGCGCAGCCUGGCCCGGUGCUGCGGCGCCGCGCACGCGGCUGUUCCGCACGGCGUUGCCAUCUUCUUCAGCGACGUCCAGGAUCACGUUGCCACGAUGGCGUCGAAGUUGGAGCACUGCGAGGGCAUUCUAUCGCGCUCGCGUGCGGACUAUCUCGCGCGCCUCUCGGUCGAUAGGAUAGCGACUGGCAACCGGACGUUGAAGUUCAUCAUCCGGAUUACGGUCAUAGCGGCGAUUGUGGUGCCGCUGAAUGUAAUUUGCGGCCUGUUUGGAAUGAAUGUCAGGGUCCCGGGGGGCGACGAUGAUCGGUUGUUCUGGUGGGGCGGGAUUCUGGGUACCAUCAUACUUUUCAUUCUGGCGAGCGUGACUUUGGCGAGGAGGUUGAAGGUGAUCUGAAGAUCUGUGUGCUGAGCAUGCCGAGCAUCGUGCCUGUGUGACUUGACAUGAAGACCCACAGAUGUUGUGAAGAGGUACGCGAUUGUCUCUGUGCCUGUCUGUGUUGCUUCCCAGAGGUGAAACGUCGG